ACAACAAAACAAAGACUAAUACAACCUCUACUAUAGAGCCUGUAGUUAACAAGUUUACAAGUUUUGAACUAGAGAGCAGCACUACAAGUUGGGCAAACCAAGUGGAAAAUGAGCAAAAAUAUCAAACAGAAACUCUCAAAACUCCUUUGACCUCAAGAGAAACACUUAACAACAAUAAAAACUUGGAAAACAACAAGCAUACUAAAGACACAGAACAUGUAUCAAAUGAUAAAAACAACAAACAGGCACCUGAUAACAAGCACAUGUCUAACAACAAACACAUGCUGAAGGAUGACCAACCAGGGCCCUCCUCUGCAGGCACCCCAAAUGACACACUAACUUCAAACAACCCACAGUGGGCCCAAGUAGAAAGAUCUUCUGACUUUACUCCCGAACCAACAACAGACAACUUACCUCAAGACAAGGAAGAAAUCACACAAAAGCCACUAUUUCCAAACAAUACAAUAGCAGAACAAUGCUCCAAAAUAGAAACAGAACUACUCAAUACCCAGGACCAGGCCAAUACAGAACAAUAA